AUGCGAUGGGGGAACCAAACCACCGUAACCAAAUUCAUCCUUGUGGGGUUCUCAAAUCUCCCACACCUGCAAGGCCUACUGUUCUCUGUGGUUCUGUUCCUGUACUUAGUGACAGUGACUGGGAACAUCCUCAUCAUCCUCAUCAUCACAGAGGACUCUGCCCUCCACUCCCCCAUGUACUUCUUCCUCAAAAACUUAUCCUGCUUUGAGAUCUGCUUUAUCUUAGUCACAGUGCCCAAGAUGCUGGUCAACCUCCUGGCUGACGACAAGAGCAUCUCGUUUUUUGGAUGUGCGCUCCAGAUGUUCUUCUUCUUCUUCUUUUGCUGUUCAGAGUGCUUUCUCCUGGCAGCCAUGUCCUAUGACCGCUACGUGGCCAUUUGCAACCCACUGUGCUACACCACUGUCAUGAAUCAGCAGGUCUGUUGGAGGAUGGUGGGAGGGGUUUGUAUGCUUGGAAUCCCUGUUGCCCUGCUUCAAGCAGCUUGGCUUUUUAACUUGCCUUUCUGUGGUCCCAAUGUGGUCAACCAUUUCUUUUGUGAUUUACCACCAGUUCUGAAACUGGUUUGUGCUGACACCUCUCUUUACGAGAUGCAGACCAUGGCUUCUACACUUUUGUUCCUCAUACUCCCAUUUAUGCUAAUCCUGAUCUCCUACAUCCGCAUUACCAUCACUAUUCUGAAGAUGAAGUCAGCUGAGGGCAAGCGCAAAGCCUUCUCCACUUGUUCCUCACACCUCAUUGUGGUGACAUUGUUCUACGGGAGUGGCAGCCUGAUGUAUCUACGGCCCAAGUCCAAAUACUCACCGGAUGUUAAGAAGUUCCUGUCUUUGUUCUAUACAGUCAUCACACCCAUGCUGAACCCCAUCAUCUACAGCCUGAGGAAUAAUGAGGUGAAGUUAGCUCUGAGGAGGAUGCUGGAGCGGAAGGUAUUCUCAUGGAAACGGUAAAUGAGAUUUGUAGGAUGUUUUUGCAAAAUGGUGACUUCUCCAGCAUCCUGAAAACUUUCUUAUGAGGAGAAACUCCUGCAGACAUCCAUACAAAGGGAUAUUGUAUUCUCGAAGACUGAUCUAAUAAAGGGACUAUUUGAAGGAUUAUUUUCAAAUGAUGAUGUACUUUGAAUAGAAUCCAGUAUAUCUGCUUGCAGUCAUGGGUCCUCUGCAGGUUUAC